UGCAUAGGAAAGAGAGAGAGAGAGAGAAGAGGGGGGGGGAGAGAGAGAGCGCGUGUGUGUGGAAAAAGGAAGCGGAGCCUGUAAACGGCGCUGGUUUCCUACCCCUCGAAACAACUCACAGCGCUGUGUUACUUUUCAUGUGGACACUAUCAUCGACAGCAACAACAACACGGCCAAAGGGAAUAGCAGCAGAACCGAGACGGGAACCAGCUACAGUGCCUUUACUCGGCCAUUUCGGACGCGAACAGUAAUUCAGUAAAGUGAAACCGUCUUUUGUUGAAGCAAGUGCUCGCCCGAGCCCCUCCGUGCGGGCAGCGGGUUUAAAAGGAGAAAAAAAAACCGGGGGGGAUACAAAAAAAAGUGUCCUUGUUCGCCUCGUUUCGUCCCGGUUCUUGGAUGUGGCCCAGCUGGCUUAAGUUCGGUGGGUCAUCUUGGGCUAGGAUCGCAUUUUGAACUCUUUUUGAAGCAGUCUCUGGGACUCCAAAAAUCACCAGACUGGCGGCUUUUCUGAAACACUGGGGUUGUUGGUGUGGCCAAAUUUUCCCUGGAUUUGACUGGUAAAUUCAGAAGACUGAAGCCCAGGCUCACAGUCUACCUUUCACGGAGGCCCAGCCGUGAGAGGACUGAGGAAGGCACGUGGCGGAUCAUGACGGCCGACAAAGAGAAGGAGAGAGAGAAAGAGCGGGACAGAGAUAGAGACAGGGAUAGGGACAAGAGAGAGUCUGGUAAGUCUCGCCGGCUGGACGCCGACCGUGAGAGCGAGAGCUCCAGGCCCCGACGCAGCUGUACGCUGGAAGGCGGGGCCAAGAACUAUGCAGAGAGCGACCACAGUGAGGAUGAGGACAACGAAAAUGGCACCCCAGGUGGAGUGAACGGCAUGGGCGAGGAGGCCGGCAAGAAAGGCAAGAAGAAGACGCCUAAAAAGAAAUCACGCUACGAGCGCACAGAGAACGGAGAAAUCACCUCCUUCAUCACAGAAGACGAUGUUGUUUACAGACCCGGAGAUUGUGUGUACAUUGAAAGUCGCCGGCCCAACACUCCCUAUUUCAUUUGUAGCAUUCAGGAUUUCAAGCUGAGUAAACGGGACCAUCUGCUGAUGAAUGUGAAAUGGUACUACCGCCAGUCAGAGGUGCCCGACUCCGUCUACCAGCACCUGGUGCAGGAUCGCAACAAUGAAAACGACUCUGGCCGGGAGCUGGUCAUCACAGACCCCGUGGUCAGGAGUCGAGAACUCUUCAUCUCUGACUAUGUGGACACUUAUCAUGCUGCUGCUCUCAGGGGGAAAUGCAACAUUUCGCAUUUCUCCGACAUUUUUGCUGCCAGGGAGUUCAAAGCCCGCAUCGACUCCUUUUUCUAUAUCCUCGGAUAUAACCCAGAGACCAGGCGACUAAACAGCACACAAGGGGAAAUCCGAGUGGGACCCAGUCACCAAGCAAAGCUCCCCGAGCUGCAGCCUUUCCCCUCUCCUGGGGGCCAGGCCGUGACCGAGAACGAGGAGCUGGUCUGGAUGCCGGGGGUCAAUGACUGUGAUCUUCUCAUGUACCUCAGAGCCGCAAGGAGCAUGGCUGCCUUUGCAGGGAUGUGUGACGGAGGCUCAACAGAAGACGGGUGUUUAGCAGCCUCUCGAGAUGACACUACAUUAAACGCACUUAACACUCUUCACGAGAGCAGCUACGAUGCAGGAAAAGCUCUCCAACGCCUGGUGAAGAAGCCUGUACCCAAACUGAUAGAGAAGUGCUGGUCUGAGGAUGAAGUGAAGCGCUUCAUUAAAGGGUUGAGACAGUUCGGCAAAAACUUCUUCAGGAUCCGGAAAGAGCUGCUGCCCAACAAAGAAACGGGAGAGCUUAUUACCUUCUACUACUAUUGGAAGAAGACCCCCGAAGCGGCCAGUUGUCGAGCCCACCGCCGACACCGCCGCCAGCCCGUCUUCCGCCGCAUCAAGACGCGAACAGCCUCUACUCCUGUCAACACUCCCUCACGCCCCCCCUCCAGCGAGUUUUUGGACCUCAGCUCAGCCAGCGAAGAUGACUUUGACAGUGAAGACAGCGAACAGGAGCUGAAGGGCUACGCCUGCCGCCACUGUUUCACUACCACCUCCAAGGACUGGCACCACGGGGGUCGGGAGAACAUCUUGCUUUGCACAGACUGCCGGAUUCACUUCAAGAAGUACGGUGAGCUGCCCCCCAUAGAGAAGCCUGUGGACCCGCCGCCAUUUAUGUUCAAACCUGUCAAAGAGGAAGAAGAUGGACUCAGCGGGAAGCAUAGCAUGAGGACCCGACGGAACCGAGGCUCGAUGUCGACGCUACGUAGUGGUCGUAAGAAGCAGACCAGUCCUGAUGGCAGAGCCUCACCUACCAACGAGGAUUUGCGCUCCAGUGGGCGUACCUCGCCCAGCGCAGCAAGUACCGACAGCACUGACAGCAAGACGGACUCCAUGAAGAAGCCCAGCAAGAAGAUUAAAGAGGAGGCUCCUUCACCUAUGAAGAGCGCCAAGCGGCCGCGAGAGAAAGGAGCCUCAGACACAGAGGAGCCAGACAGGGCCGGCGUUAAAAAGUCCAAGACACAAGAGCUCAGUCGGCCAGACUCGCCCUCAGAGUGCGAGGGGGAGGGGGAGGGGGAGGGCGAGAGCUCUGACGGGCGCAGCGUCAACGAGGAGCUCAGUAGCGACCCUAAGGACAUUGACCAGGACAACCGCAGCUCCUCCCCGAGCAUCCCCAGCCCGCGGGACAACGAGAGCGACUCAGACUCGUCCGCCCAGCAGCUCCUGCAGAGCCAGCACCUCCUGCAGAGCCAGCACCCCCCAGUCAUCCAGUGUCAGCCCGGCCCCUCAGCCGCCCCCGCUGCACUGCCUCCACCCACAACCUCAGCCCCCUCACUGCCCCCACAGGUCUCCCCCACAGCGGCCUCCACCUCUCUACCUCCCCUGGCUCUGCCCCAGCCAGGCCCAAUGUCUCUUAUCCAGUCAGGAGCGUCCCUCCACCCUCAAAGGCUUCCCUCUCCACAUUCACCAUUGGCUCCGCCUCCUGGCCCCCCAGGUCCACCUCCGUCAUUACCCAGCUCGCAUCACGGGCCCAUGCCUCCCAUGCCCCAUCCGCUGCAGCCUGGCCCCUCACACAUGCCUCACCCUCACUCCAUGCCCCCUCAGGGCUUCCCUGUGGGUCAGUCUCAGGUCCCACCCCUUCAAAUCCCUGGCCAAUCACAGCAGAGGCCGCACUCGCCUCCCUCUCAGUCCCAGUCAUCCGCUCAGAGUGGAUGCCAGCCUCCCAGAGAGCAGCCCCUUCCCCCCGCCCCUAUGUCCAUGCCUCACAUCAAGCCUCCCCCAACCACACCCAUCCCACAGAUGCCCAACCCACAGUCUCACAAACACCCGCCCCACGCCUCAGCGCCUCCAUUCCCUCAGAUGCCUUCAAACCUGCCUCCACCUCCUGCCCUCAAGCCCCUCAGUUCUUUACCCAUCCACCAUCCUCCAUUAGCACACCCCCCUCCCCUACAGCUCAUGCCUCAGGGGCAGCAGCUCCAGCCUCCACCAGCCCAGCCCCCCGUUCUCACUCAGUCCCAGAGCCUGCCCCCAUCAGCCAGCCACCAACCUCCUCAAGCCCCUCCCCUGCCGCCCUCCUCCGCAGCAGCAGCCUCACACCCCGGCGGACCCCCGCAGCCGACCUUUACGUCGCAUCCUUUCAAUACAGUUCUACCUCCGUCAGGCCCUCCCCCCACCUCAUCAAACUCUAUGCCUGGCAUACAGCCGCCUUCCUCCUCCGCUCCCUCCUCCAUCUCCAUGCCACUGCCUGCCUCAGUCCCGUGUGCCGGCCCCGGCCCGGGACUCCCACCUGUACACAUCAAAGAGGAGCCUCUGGACGAGAUGGAGGAGCCAGAGAGCCCCCCACCCCCACAGAGAAGCCCCUCCCCAGAGCCUACCAUCGUCAAUGUGCCCAGCCAUGCCAGCCAGUCAGCACGGUUCUACAAGCACCUGGACCGGGGGUACAACUCGUGUGCUAGGACAGAUUACUACUUCACUCCACUGGCUUCAUCGAAACUGGCCAAGAAGCGAGAGGAAGCUCUGGAGAAAGCCAAGAGGGAAGCAGAGCAGAAAGUUAGGGACGAGAAGGAGAGAGAGAGGGAGAGGGAAAAAGAGCGAGAAAGAGAGCGGGAGCGAGAAAAGGAGCAUGAGCGAGCUGUGAAAGCCAGUUCCUCUCAUGAUGGCAGGAUGGGUGACCCUCAUAUGGGCGGCCCUGUUCACAUGCGGCACCAAUACGACGGGCCCCCCACUACGAUCGCAGCUGUGCCUCCGUACAUCGGCCCCGACACUCCUGCCCUGCGAACACUCAGCGAGUACGCCCGACCCCACGUCAUGUCCCCGAACAAUCGAAACCACCCGUUCUUUGUGUCCCUCAACCCCGCAGACCCGCUGCUGGCCUAUCACAUGCCCGGCUUGUACAAUGCUGACCCGGGCAUGCGGGAGCGCGAGCUGCGGGAGCGAGAGAUGCGCGAGAGGGAGAUUCGUGAGAGGGAGCUGAGGGAGAGGAUGAAACCUGGUUUCGAGGUUAAGCCUCCAGAGAUGGACUCACUUCACCCUUCCACAAACCCCAUGGAGCACUUUGCCCGGCAUGGAGCCAUCUCGUUGCCCCACAUGGCCGGCCCUCACCAUUUCGCAGCUUUCCAUCCGGGCCUGAACCCAUUAGAGCGUGAGCGACUGGCCCUCGCUGGGCCCCAGCUGCGGCCAGAAAUGAGCUACCCAGAGAGGUUGGCUGCAGAGAGACUCCAUGCUGAGAGGAUGGCCGCAGUGGCCAACGACCCUAUCGCCCGCCUACAGAUGUUCAACGUCACGCCACACCACCACCAGCACUCGCAUAUUCACUCACACCUACACCUCCACCAGCAAGACCCUCUUCACCAAGGUGGGGAGUGUCUAGUGUGUCCUCCAGGCUCCGGGGGCCAUCCCCUGGUAGACCCCCUCGGAGGCCCUCACCUGGCUCGCUUCCCUUACCCCCCCGGCGCCAUCCCCAACGCUCUGCUAGGCAACCCGCAUGAACACGAGAUGCUGCGCCACCCAGUCUUCGGUACUCCAUACCCCCGCGAGCUGCCGCCGCAGAUGUCCGCAGCCCACCAGCUGCAGGCCAUGCACGCUCAGUCCGCUGAACUCCAGAGGCUGGCCAUGGAGCAGCAGUGGCUGCACGGGCACCAUCACAUGCACGGAGGACCCAUGCCUGGCCAGGAGGACUACUACAGGUACAACAAAAAAUUCGGCUGAAAAAGGAGAGUGACAAGCAGCUGUAACCAGCCCGAGAGGCAGCGACUGACAGGUGCAGGACACGGGAAGAUGUUACAGAGUUGUUCAUUCAGUUUUGAAGAACAGAAAAGGCCAAGUGGAUCGUCUGAGAAUUCUUCUGAUAUUGGGUUUUUGUUCCCGUCAAGGACUCCUUAUUUUUCUUUAUUAUAAUUUUUCAAGACAUUUACUUUCUUUGGUAUAUAGCCAGUAGUGACAACGUCAUCAAGACUCCUGCAUGACAAGCUUCCCUGACUUUUUUUUGUAGGUGCUAGAACAAGACACUGUGCUUAUAAACAAAAAAAAAGACAAGACCGGUCAGGCCGUUUAUGGAAAAAGUGCUAUCUUAAACUCAACAUUUAUUUUAAUACAUUGUUGAAGGUUUUUCAUAAUUUUAAGAAAAGCUACAGCAUGGCGUUUUUGAGUCUGUAAAUAGUAUAUAUAAACAUAUAAUUAUUAUUAUAAUUAUUAUUAUUACUAGGUGUGGACUCCAAACCAAGUCGUUUCAACCUCCGAUAUAAUUGUUUUGAAGCAUUAUCCCUUGUUUCAGAGGGGAGCACCAUGGCAUUAUAUGAGCAGUUCCUGAGAGAGUUGUGGUUCAGUUGUAACGUUCCUCUGACAUCACUGUGUUAGAUUUAGCCCCACACACACACACACCAUGUGAACCAUAAACCUGUCACACACACACAUCCAUUCAUCACACACCUUCGACACACCGCAGGUUGUCACAAUGUGUAAACUCAACAUGUUGAGUUAAUCAUUUGAAAGACUUGAAGAGGUGACACAGAGUCACCGAGGUUUCUGUGGAGUGCACACGGAAGCCAUGGAUUUUAAAGAAAGAGUUUGCACUGAGAGAAUUUCCUUAAGCUCCACUCAAUUGGUUUUAUUCUUUUCGCCUUAAAUCAAUAACAGAGUCCAGACAUUGGAGUAAUAUUUCAUUUCUCCUUUUUUUUUUUUUUUACAGAGAUUUUAAUUGUGGACGCCAGAGACAUAUUUGGCUGAGCUGAAGACAUUUUAAAAUGCUUCAAGUUUUUUAAAUGACCAGGACCUGAGUUGUAUCUUUGUUCAUUGUAUCAGGAGGCUAACAUGACUUCAGGAUUGUUUUAAAUGUGUGAAUGGUUUGUGAGUCGGUGCUAUUUGUGUUGUUGACGUCCCCUUUUUCUUCACCUGGUCCGGUCACCCAUGUUCGAUGCAGGGCUCGUGUCCGACUGAGAAUCCUCCAGCUAGGCUGUAAUAAUGUUCACUGUGACACUAGAGGAGGGGCCUGCCGACACGAGACCACCAGGAGCUAGAGGGUCAUGAUUGUGUGCGAGCGUGUGUGUUUUCCUCACAAUGUUUCCGUAUGCCUUGGUUCCUUAGGGAUACACACACACUCCUGGGCCUCGGUGUGUGUGAUUGUGUGUGCCACUGACUGUUACAAGUUGUGUUGACCUGUCAUACCAGUGCACAUGAGCUCAAGUAUUUUAGUUUUUGUUUUGCUGUAGCCAUGAAAGAAGUUCUGCUUUUGUUUCAUGCACUAAGACUGUUUGACCGUCAUGGACAUUUUUUUUUUUUUUUUACCAAAUGAAGAAACUGUACUUGCAUUUUAAAGUGACCAUAUCUUCCCCUUGGAGCACUAUCAUUUACAUUUAAAUGCUUGCAAAUGUCAUCAAACUCACACCCCCUUUUUACAAAUCCGAAAAGUCUUUGAAGCUCCGACAACAACCCGUCUCUUUGUCUUGCCAUCUCCCACCGAUCUUCGUCUCUCCUCAUCAUCAUCUUUGCCUCAUUUUCCUGACGAUUCCCUUGCCUUUUACUCCCUCUUUUUGUGUCUCCAAAACCUUUGAUGUUAAGUGUUGUCAAUGGUUUAGCUUCUUGUUUCAAAGCGGCAAUAGCAGAAUGUAAAUUCUGACUGCUAAGAUUUAUAUAUAUACUGGUAUCUUGAAGCUUAUUGUAUAUAUGAGUAGUCGCCAUGGGAUGACACAAUGUAAACAAAAAGUAGAAAUAAUAAGAAAAAUUGUGAGUCCUGUGUUCUCUCCAUUUGAGUAUUUUGUAAUUUUUUUGAAAAAUUUGUGGAAUUAAAAUAAACGACUAAGUUACACCACAGGAAAAUGUA